CGGUCAUAUUACCCUUUACCGAUACAUCAAAUAUACCCGAUACAUCAAAUAUUAAGAACCCUAAUUUGUGUCUCCCAAAUUCGGGAAAUCUGCCCCAAUUCGAACUCAAGCUCAGAUUUUUGAAGCAAAGGUAAUUCUUGUCUCCAUUUUUUAUUAGUUCCUGUCCAACUAAUUUCCCCUUUUGUUUUCCAUUGUAAAGCUUCUUAUUCUACAUUGUAAAGCUUCUUGUUCUUCGGUAGGAACUGUUUUUUUCAAUUUGUUAUUGUAUGUUUUUUUCAUUUUUUUGUAUUAGUUCCUGUGUUUUUCCGUUGUUUUUUCCGCGUGUGAGUAGCUUCGUCUAUGCCUUUGGAUUUCGGGUAAUGAAGGUUCCAUAAUGGCUAGAUUUGGCUUGUCUAAAAUUUGUAAGGAGGAAGAUGAUCAUGAGCUUUCUGAAGUGCGAUGCAAUCAUGGAUUUUUAGUGCCUUUGAUGACCUCUUAGACCCCAAGGAACCGGGUAGAAGAUAUUGGACUUGUCCAUACUAUGGUGUUGCUAGAUCAUGUGAUUUUUAUUGUUGGAAGGAUGAUGAGAUUGAUCCACGAUCCAAAUUUGUGAUUCCUAAACUAGUGAGAAGAAUUGGUGAACUUGAAGCAUCAUUUGAAGCUUCCGCAAAAGUUGAUGACAAGCCUAUUAUGUCUACAAAAUCUGUAGAAAGCAAAAUUGAUAUGCAAAGCAUAGAGAUUGAAAUGGAUAAUUUUGAGAACAAAUUAAGAAGAUGAAAGAAAAGGAGAAGAAGUGGAGAGCAAGCUGGCCAAGUCCAACACAAGGGAGACAAUACUUUGGAUUGCCUUGUUGUGUAUUGGCAUUUUAGUUUUAAGUUUUGUGUUUCAAAGCAUGUACUUAAGAGGUCAUUACAUGAAGUUUCCCUAAGAGGUUAGUGUACUUGUUAGGUCUUUAUUAGAACUUGUUGGUGGUAUUGGUAAUGCUAAUUAGAACGUCGUGGGGCUAUUGGUAAUGUCUAUUAGAACUUCUUGGUGGUAUUGUUAAUGUUUGGUUUA